GAUUUAUCUAGUCUAUGGUGUACUAAGCAAGCAUUGAUGUCGCGUUGCCCUUGACUCCCUCUAUCUAAUUACUGUUUUUAAAAGUUAUUUCAUGAAAAUUAAAAAAAAAAUCCUUAUCCCGAUAUUGGUUUUUACCUAAUAAGUGAAUUAGAAAGUGAUUCUGGUGGUCAAUAAACUUGUGUGUCCCUUUAAAUUGUGUAGCGUCACCUGACUGAGCUCAUUGUCAUUUCCCGCCAUUGUGGACUGCAAAUUCAUCAUUUAUAUGAAUUUCCGUGCGUGUGUCUCAAAAUUUAGAUGAAUAACAAAUAAUAAGUGCGCCUAAGUAAUGUCAUUACACGGUAAUGACGUUUGUUUGCUAGAAGUGGAAGAUUAUAACUUGUACGAAGAGGAGGCAUCUGAUCACGCUUUAGCCAGUGACAAAAAUCCAAGUUCCGGAAGAAAAACGAUGGAGGCAGAGAAAAGGAUUCGAAGAGAAAUUGCUAACAGCAAUGAGCGUAGACGAAUGCAGAGUAUCAAUGCUGGUUUUCAAGCAUUGCGCACUCUUUUACCUCGACAUGAGGGCGAAAAGCUAAGCAAAGCAGCCAUACUUCAGCAGACAGCUGAAUAUAUCUACAACUUAGAACAAGAAAAAACAAGACUUCUAUCCCAGAAUUGCCAGCUCAAGAGAUUACUCAACCAGCAUGAAGGUGGUGAAAUACCUCUGAAGAAAAGAAAAGGUGAAAUUCUAACCCAUGUUCCAGCUAUCAUUCCUGAUUCCACUGAGGAUACCAUCACCAACUCUAGAUCACCUGAGCCAGUAGCUGUUAUAUCUGUGACUAGCGUAUCACAGAAAAAGGAGUCUGAAAGCAGUGAAUUACGUGUUCAAUUAGAUCGUGAACGGAGACUGCGACGACAUUUAGAAGAGCGUCUUCAUUCGCUGGAAGCACAGAUUUACCCAAACAAUGCCCAUGAACUAGCUCGCCCAGUUAUACAUUUUGACCAGACUGAUGUCGCUGAGUGUAAGCUUGAGAGUGAGGAAGUAGAAGCGCCACCAGUAGAACCUACUGUAGUUGCUGCCCCACUACUGGAAGCUGCCAUCAAAGCGGAGCCUCGUGUUGAAGUGGAGGUGCUUCCUGACGCGACACAUGAUGCACCAUCACGCUUGUAUCUUGCAAGCACUAGUCGACAGAACCUGGAAACAAUUGUUGAGGCCAUCCGUCACCUCGAGGGGGAUCACUUGUUCCGUGAAGAGGCAGGUGAUGCGCCUCUGGCGCUCACCAAAAAGGCGGAAAAUCCGCCGCCUCCCAGACCGGGCGUUAUCGUAGUUAAGCAUUCGUGAUCGCGUUUAACGUGUUUAGGACUUUAAGCUCGUAAAUUUGCUUUCGCUUAGCGAGCACUCCUGACCCUCCUCGAAUAUAGUUUUAAAUUUUUAGUUGUUUAAUUAUCUUUUCCAAAGUGACGAAUCGAUAAGUCUGCGUCUUUGUUUUUUUAUUAAUACGCAUUAAAGUCGGAAGUCGAAUUGAUGAGUGGUAUAGAAUUACUGGAUGCGUUGUCGAGUAUGCCGAUCGGCGCUGUGCUUAGUUUAGUCUCAAAUGUAAUUAUUAAUGUUUAAAUUUUACUUUAAUUUGGCUUUGUGCAGCAUGGGUUUAUGGAAAGAGGAUUGACUGACUUAUGUAAGAUUAGAUGAUGAAGGAUAAUAGUACACCAUGCAGCGUGCCAAUAUUGUUUUUGUCCUUAGACAAGGUUGAGGAAACAGUAGCUAAUGCUUGUUGAAGCAUAAUUUUACUAUUUUAUUGAUACAACUAAAAGAAAUUUGUUGAAACACUACUAGCCAUUUAUAAGAGAUUUGUGGAGGCUUUUUAGUAAUAUUGAUCAUAAACACUGGAUAGUUUAAACGAAAAGCAUUGGGCUUGUGUAGAAUUACCUUGCAUUCUACUAGCCUAGAAUUAUUGUAUGUGUAAUGGUGUCAGAGCAAAAAAAAAACAUUUUGCUUGGCUUUUCUUAGAACAUUUAGCAGGCUUGCGGCAUUACAAGGUCUCUUAUCUCUCAGUUGUAUUCAUUUUAUAAUUAAACUCCUUUCUCUCAUUAAUUGAUAAAAAAAAAACACUUGAUAUAAAUUGAGUAGGUGCAUAGUUCAUAUGGUGUUUCAGAUUAGUCACUAAAUUUGACAUACACCAACUAAUGCUGGUGUUCCAUUUACAUUAGGUAAUAUCACAUCAUAAUACUUCCUUGAGCCAAGAUACUCAGAAUGGUAAUAAAGAAAUCAUUAUUAUAAUUAAUUAAUACAUUGAUAUAUUAUAGAAUCUUAUAAUAUAUUGACUAAUAUUUAUCCAGUGUUGCUGCUUUUAUGUUCAUGUUAGGAUGCUCAGUGUAAUGCGUAUUUUGAAUGUGACAUUAGUAAAUUAUAGGCGCUAUAUGCUGCCAUCCCUAAAUUUUAUAGAUACAGAAAUUUUAGAGCAUUCCAUAUUGUUGAAUUCUCAUUAAAGAGUUGUUCUGCAUGAGACAGUUGAUUGGAACACAAGUAAGGUGACAUAUUGUAUUCAAUUUAACUGUUUAGUAUAAUUAUGUAUUGCUUCAUAUAAGCAUUCUUUAAUUGAAACUCUACUUUUAGGACUUAAUCAGUUAGGAUAGAUAGUGUAGUUGACAACAAGACAGUGACAAUGAAUAUAUCCCAUUUUACAGAGUGGUUUAUUAAAAAUUAUUUUACAAUAGAAUGAAAAGAUAUAAUUAUCAUGUCACAAGUGAGAAAUAAUUUGUUAUAUUCUACAUGAAAGCAUUUAAUCAGUUUCAACUCAGAAUUUUAAGAUUCUAUUGGAAUAAUAAUUAUUAGAUUAUUCUAACUUUGGGAUUUUAAUAAAUUUCUAGUGAACAAUCAUGUUUCACUGUUUUACUUUAAGAUUAAGGUUCACAGUUCUUACAUUAUCCUGUGACUUAGGUAAUAUAAUUCUCUACAGUGAUUAAUUAAUGUUCGCUUUAAUGUGCUGACAUUUUUGUUGAAAAUAAAAAAUGCCGUGCUCUUUUUUUGUUAAUACUUUUUCAUAUAAGUUUUGAAUGUAUAUUAAGUUUGACUCAGCAACAGAGUGGAUAAACAAGUACAACGCAUUGCAGACAUCAUAAUGCUAUGGUCUUGUCCACAGAACCAUAUGAAUUUUAAGACUGAUCAUUUAUUCAUUAUUUAGUUACGCUAACCAUAUUGAUAGAAUAGCGCGUGUGUGUGUUACGUUUAUGUAGCUAUUUAUAUGUAUGUAUGUUGUGAUACUGUAGUCCAAAUUGUGUUGUGAACCUGACAGCUUUACAGAGAUCCAUACUCUGUUAACGUUUAGCAAUAAUAAUAUUGAUCAUACAUUAUGGUAAUUAUGACUAGUGAAAUUUUAUGUGUAGGUAAGUUCUCCAAUACGGAAAUUAAAAAUAUAUUUAUACAAAAGGGAUCUCUCUAAUUCUGUCAGGUUACUUAGUGUUGUGGUGUGAUACAAGUGUUUUUCUGUGUAUGUAUUUUAAUAAGGACUUUGUUAAUCAGACCGCAUACAUGGACUCUAAACACGACUAGUGAAAUUCCAAAAUAAAAAAUUUUAAAACAAUAUUUAAGCAGAAACUAGUAGAUAAAUAAAAAACAAAAUGCUGAUGAUCAUUGGCAUUCAUCAUUCGUGUUUAGAGUGACCCUGUAUAAAAACUGUUUGUUCCCGACGCUUACUUCGCACUCUGUUUCUGAGUCCGUAGUUAUAAGGAGUUGUCUGCCUACCGCCUUUACAUUAUGUCAGUAUAGGAUAAUUAACAAUGUAACAUAACGGACUUGGUUAUACUAUUAGUGUAGUCAAAAAUAGUAAUAAGAGAUUUUAAGUCAAAGAAGCAAGUUAAAUUGUUUAAAAUGUGUUAUUAUUUAUGUCUUAAAGUAUUAAAAUGGUUAUUUCUUAUUAAUUAGUUUGUAAAUGAUGAUCGUCUGUAUAUUUAAUCGACCUCUUUUCUUUGUACAUUUAGCUAAAAACCAAUAAAACAUAAAAUGCGUAAAAAUUUUACCACUUUGUAAAUGUUACUAUUAAUGCAUGCAUUUUUCUAAGGAUGUUGAAGACUGAUAUCAGGACAGUCAUUUGCUUAAAAUGCACAUCUUAUCGGUCUGCUUGAAUGUAAUAUUGAGUAAUCUCAAGGAGAGCAUUUGAUUUGUCUGUCAUUCAGUGUUUAAAUAUAUUUUAGUAGGGCAAUAAGCAGUAAUUUUUUCCACUUUGUGAAAUGAGCUAAUUAAUGACUAAUUUUUUCUCCCAACUGCUAUCUCAUAGGAUUAAUGUACCUACUAUAUGUGCCAUGUUUUAUUGGUUUUAAGCACAUUCAAUGUGAAUAUUUCCAUUUUCUACACUCUAUCGCAUUUUAUUAUAAUGGAUAUAAGCGAACGUUACUUUAAACAAUAAUAGCAGAAGAGAACUGCUAUUUUUCAAUAAUAUUGUAAGUCGUAAGUGGCAUGUUUGGUACACAUAUUUAUAAUAAUUCAUUUUCAUGAAUAACCUAAAAAAUGUUCUUUAAUUCAUUUAUUGGCUAAAAUUAUGGUUAUACCUACUUAAAUAUUGUUUUACAUUAAGUCUGGAUAAAAUUCAUACUUAUAAUUCCCACAAUUAUUGCAUUUACCCUUAGGAGUUUGUUUUAUUGAGCUUCUGGAUUUCUGUUUUGUAAGUCUGUAAUUUAGUGAUAGGGUGAAUAAACUCGAAAUUAUUGUAAAACAGGGCUGUAAAUUAUCAAUUAUGUUAAUUGUUAAGACCUCUAAUCAUUUAUUUCUCGUUUUACAGGUUUAUUUUAUAAUUAUUUAAAAAUUAUGAUUCGGUUUACAUUAGAUUGAUACAUUUCACCCUCUCACUAAUAAGCUCAUGUUCCUAUACAGAUAAUUAUGGUACCUAUAAUAUUACUUACAGUUAAUAUAAUGAUAAAGUGUAGAAAAUAAUGCAUGGAUGUUUCCAUUUUGAUAUGAAAUUGAUAAAAAUAUUUCCUCUGAUUUUAAUUGUACCACAUUUGACCUAUAUUUACCAAUAUUUAUAAAAGAUUGAUA